ACGAACACAGUGGUUCAGUCCAAACUGGAACCGUCUAUUAUUUUCGGUAAAGACGCUUCGCGGCUGAUAAAACGGUUUCUGCGUUACUUCGACGACAGCCGGAUAUUUCCUGACAAUUACACCGACUACAGCUUUAAAGUCGGCUCCUGCUAAGUUGGACCGGGACGGUACAGUCGGUACCGUGAGGGUUUUCUCCCCGGGUAGGACACCCCUGUCGCUGUUGCUAGGCGCCGCCGCUCCUCCUGGCACUUCCUUGUUCGAAAGUUUUAUUUGGAGGAAGGCUCGGGGGGCAGAAGUUUGGUCACUGGACUGGGUGUCAGCGGGGGUUAGAGCGCCGGAGCUAUGGCGCACAUCCAGCUGUGAUUAGCGUGUAGCCGUAGCCGCCCGCUUCGUUAAUGGACGAACUAACCAGAGGCUCGCAGCAGUGAACGGUCUCCAGAAAGAGGAAGAUGUCCGCGGCUAGCAUUAGCGAAGACAUCCGAGGGAAGUUCCCGCUUCACGCCGCGGUGUGGGAGAAUGACUACAGGAAGCUGGAAGAGCAGAUCCGACUGCAACAGAAUGACAUCGAGGCCGUUGACCCCAGGGGCCGGACCCCGCUGCACCUGGCCGUGUCGCUGGGACACCUGGAGUUGGUGAGAGUCCUCCUGAGACACGGCGCCUCGGUGACUAAAGAAAAUGCCAACGACUGGACAGUGCUGCAGGAAGCCGUCAGCACCGGAGACCCGGAGAUGGUUCAGUUAGUGCUUCAGCGCAGAGACUACCUCAAAGCCUCCACUGCUCUGGGAGGAGUGCCUGAGCUGCUGUUGAAGAUCAAGGAGUCUCCAGACUUCUACAUGGAAAUGAAGUGGGAAUUCACCAGCUGGAUCCCUCUUCUGUCGCGGAUUUGCCCGAGCGACGUUUGUCGCAUCUGGAAGAGCGGCGCCUCCCUGCGAGUGGACGCCACCCUCCUGGGCUUCGACAACAUGACGUGGAUCCGAGGCCGCCGCAGCUACAUCUUCAAGGGAGACGAUGCCCACGCCGAGCUGAUGGAGGUGAACCACGACGACGGCGUGGUCGACACGGAGCGCUUCAACAUAUCCCAGGAAAUGGAGGAGGUCACGUUGGAGUCCAUGCAGCCAGCGGAACAGGAAGUUGCCAAAAGGUUGACGACCCCUAUUGUCAACACCUACCUGGACACAAAGGACAUUGCCUUUGAAAGAUGUAAAUCUGGAAUUUUGGGCUGGAGAACUGACAAGACCGAAGUCAUCAAUGGAUUUGAAUCAAAGGUUUUCAGCGUGAACAACGUAAACGUGGUCAUCAGGACGAGGACGGAGCAUUUGACAGAUGAGGAGAAAGCCAGGAUCAAAAGUGAAAGGAAUGUUUUAGAGUCUUUGCUGGGGACCGUGGAGCAGCACAUUAGUGCCCAGGGGAACUUAACUCUGGAGUUUGCCACAGCCACAAACCCCACCGCAAUCACUCCAGAGGAAUAUUUUAAUCCCGACUUCGACCUGGGUAACAGAGACAUCGGCCGUCCCAUUGAACUGACUAUUCGAACACAGAAGUUCAAAGGAACACUGUGGAUGAGCGAGGAGCAUCCUCUGUCUCUGGUGGAGCAGGUGACCCCCAUCAUUGACCUCAUGGCUCGAACCAGUUCCCAUUUUGCACGAUUAAGAGACUUUGUAGCCCUUAAGUUUCCCCCCGGAUUUCCAGUUAAAAUAGAGAUUCCCCUUUUUCAUGUGCUGAAUGCCAGGAUUACAUUUGGUAAUGUGAACAAAUGUCGCACCGAAGAGGAGGCAGCAGCCACGCCAACGUCCUCAGAAGGAGAGCGAAGAAUCCCAACAGCACAAACUCCGUUUCAAGUAUGUCCCUCGGUGUUCGAGGUGCCUCCGACUUACCAGCGCAGAGGGGCCAGCCGCCACGCGCCCAUGUCCAACAACGACGACGAGCUUCUGCAGUACGCCAUCCAUCAGAGCCUGCUCGACUCGCAGAGAGGCUCCGGCCAGGAGGAGAGCUGGGAUGACGCUAAUGGAGAAUUUCCCCAAGCAGUGACUGGCAGCCAGAGUGAUCGAAGUGUCCCGGAGGGGGUGCUGGUGGAGUUUGGAGACGGCGUCAGCCCCGCCACCCCUCCGUCCGCUUCCAGCACCGACUCGGAGCUCCGCCUGGCCAUGGAGCUCUCUGCUCGAGCUCAAGAGGAGGAGGAGAGGAUGAGGAAGCAGGAGGAGGAGGAGCUGGAGCGCAUUUUGCAGCUGUCGCUCACUGAGAAGUGAAAAGGAGGGAAUUUUAAAGCGACUUUCCUGGAACCAGAAGCAACCACCACACCUCAGAUGUUUUUCCUUCCUAACCUCUCUCUCUCUCUAAAUCCACCUAUGCAACCACUGAUUUUCAUUUUUACUGUAACGGACUUGGCCGCCUACGGCCAACAAAAAUCUCCCUUAUUUUCCAAAACAUAUUUUUGAUAAGAACGUACAUUUGCCUAUAUUCCUGUGUGGGCGUCUGCUCACGUCUCGCUUGAUUCAGACUGUUGAGGUCAUCCGGAGUUUAUUUUAUUAAAUUGUUUUCAGCUUCAGACUCACAGCAGCUCUCACAGGUAUUAUUUGUGUUAUUUAGUUCAGAAUAGGGAUAGUAAGAUUCUUGAGGUAGCUUCAAAUGGUUUUUGGCGUUCAGAUGUCACACUUUUAAGUCACAAAAAUCUUUUUUUUUCUUUUUCAUUUCUCAACAUGUAAUUGCUGACUUUUAUUUUGAAAGCUUCGCACAUCCGAUGGCUUCGAGCGCUGCAGACUUAAAGCUGCACGUUUUUAGUAUUAUUGCAAAGUCUUCCCACAACGUCACCAUUUACUAAAAUCUUGGGCUCAUCAAACAAGAAAAAUCUCAGGGUUCCAACUUUAUGGGCUUUUUUUUUUUAGGGUGUGGAUUUAUUUAUGAGUUUCAGAGCUAUUGUAUCCUGGGAAAUGCUUAUGAUGCAAAAAGGUACUACUCGUGCAUAUUACGCUAUGCUAAAACACGAAAGAAUGGUGGGUUUAUAGAGCCAUUCCUGAAUGCUUUUUGACUUAAUUGUGAAUGUACAGGCCUGCAGGUGGUUUUAAACAGAAGCACGUUGCCAAAGGAGAUGUUUUUUUGGUUUUUUUUAAAACUGAACCACAUGGUGACAAAUCGGUGCUGCAGCCAGGCCCAAACUUCACUUGAGGUAAUAUAAAAAAAACAAAAAACUUAUUUUUGUAACCUGUCACUGAGCAGCUUCACCUCU